AUGCACGGGCAUGUCAGAGCACAGGAAGGUGAUAUCACAGGAGCUGGUGAAGAAGGAAUAGAACUCGCAACAGAUGUUAAACCGAAUACUUACAUCGAACCAUAUCGCGUCAAUGUGACGCAGAAACAUGACAUAGAUGAUGAAGAGGACGAGGCUGUUUGGCAGAAACAGAAAACGUAUACCAGUAGAUAUGGGAACUUUACAUGGCCGAGGCGUGAGCAAGUAGCCGUUGUGGAAGGGAAUAUAACCAUAGGAGGACUUAUGAUGGUACAUGAGAGAAGCGAUUCCAUUGUGUGUGGUAAGGUUAUGCCCCAAGGUGGCAUUCAAGCAACUGAGGCCAUGUUAUUCACUUUAGACAGGAUAAAUUCUGACCCCACUCUUAAAAUACCCGGAGUCAAACUAGGUGCUCGAAUCAAGGAUGACUGUGACAGGGACACUUACGGCCUUGAACAAGCAGUGGAUUUUGUAAGGGGUUCCAUUAACAAUAUCGGAGGCUCCAAAUAUGAAUGUGAUGAGGAAUCGCCGGAAGUGAUAGCGGGGGUUGUUGGCGCUUCCUCCAGUGUGACGUCAAUACAGGUGGCAAAUCUCCUGAAACUCUUCAGGAUACCUCAGGUCAGUUUCUUCUCUACUAGUCCUGUUCUGAGCGACAGCAACCGAUACCCUUACUUCAUGAGGACGAUACCUUCGGACAAAAAUCAGGCGGACGCUAUGAUAGCUCUUGUGAAACAUUUCAACUGGACGUAUGUGUCAGUUGUAUACGAAGAAUCCAGCUAUGGACAAUGGGGUUUUGAGGAGGUUAAGGACCGACUUCUCCAGAAUGAUAUCUGUUUAGCGAUGUCAGACAAACUAAAGAAAGAUUCUGGCGUAGCGGCCGAAGGUGCAUAUGAUGAUGUUGUAAAACGACUGAAGCAGAAAUCGAAUGCUAGAGGUGUGAUUGUGUUUGGAUCUGAUCAGGAGGUUGGAGAGCUCAUGAAGGCGAUCAAGCGUGCGGGAAUGACUGGCCACUUCAGAUGGAUUGGAAGCGAUGGCUGGGGAGGAAGAACAAUUGUUUUUAAAGAUGGCAACCAACCGAUGGUUGAAGGAGCAGUGACUGUCCAACCGUUCGCCCAACCAAUAGAAGGUUUUGAAGAUUACUUUCUGAAUCUCACUCCAGAGAACAACCAAAGAAAUCCCUGGUUCAUAGAAUACUGGGAAGACUAUUUCAGGUGUAAAUAUAAGGACUCGUUACCGACGCCAUUCAACGCGAAGUACAACACAUCUUGUAGAGGUGACGAAAUGCAGACAAAACAGAAUGGUUACGUUGCUGAGGCGCAACUUCAGUACGUCAGUGACGCUACCCUAGCCUUCGCAGUUGCGUUAAAGAGGAUGCACCAAGACGUUUGUGGAGGAAAUCCUGGCCUUUGCGCGGAGAUGGACCCUGUACCAGGACAAAAACUCAAGAAAUACUUGAGAGAAUCGAAAUUUACAGGUCUAUCAGGCGUUCCUUUUGAAUUCCUGCCGAAUGGUGACGGUGUUCCAAGCUACAGAAUACUUAACUUCCGACGUGUACCAAGGCGUCCAGAAGAGUUUGAAUGGGUUACGGUCGGGGAGUUCAGAGAUGGAGAGCUAAAAAUUAACAAUAGCGAGAUUCGGUUCACUUUGGAGGAGACUAUGCCUAUGUCGGCUUGUUCUAAACCAUGCAAAGCAGAUGAAGCUAUUAUAUAUGUAUCGAAAACAAAAUGCUGCUGGUCGUGUGUCAAAUGUUACACAUACCAGUACAUAACAGCUAAUGGGGAGGAAUGUAAAGAGUGUCCAUACGGAACUCGUCCAAGUGAGAAGAAGGAUAGGUGUCUCCCGAUCCCUGAGGAAUAUCUACGGUACAAUAGUGGUAUUGCUAUCACAGCUAUGGCAAUUUCUACAAUCGGAAUUAUUGCUACCUCUUAUAUUAUCAUAGUGUUUAUAAAGUACAAGGAUACGCCGGUUGUCAAGGCCUCUGGGCGAGAGUUAAGCUUUGUCCUUCUUAUAGGGAUCCUUAUGUGCUAUGCCCUUACUUUUCUGUUAGUGGCGAAACCGACAGAUAUUAUUUGUGGAAGUCAGAGAAUAGGAGUUGGGUUCUGUUUUUCCAUUUGCUACGCUGCUGUACUUACAAAGACUAAUAGAAUAGCAAGAAUAUUUAGGUCUGGCAAAAGGACAGCUAAGAGACCUAAAUUCAUCAGCCCGAAAUCGCAACUGAUAAUCUGUGCAUCAGUAGUUGCAGUUCAAAUUAUCAUAGGUGCUAUAUGGUUGGUACUGCGACCACCAAAAUCAACUUACCAUUUCCCGACACGGGAGGAGAACCAACUAGUUUGUGAGUCCGCAAUUGGGCCACAGUACAUUAUAGGAUUCAUGUACCCAAUCGUUCUCAUUAUGGUCUGUACAUUUUAUGCAUUUCUCACUCGAAGGAUACCAGAAGCAUUCAACGAAUCAAAACAUAUAGGAUUCACUAUGUACACAACGUGCAUCAUUUGGUUGGCGUUUGUACCUAUAUACUUUAGCACUGCCAACAACAUUGAGAUCCGCUUGGCCACGAUGUGUUUUAGCAUCAGCCUAAGCGGGACUGUCCUAUUGGCGUGCAUGUUUACUCCUAAACUGUAUAUUAUAAUAUUACACCCGGAGAGGAAUAUAAGACAAUCGAUGAUGUCAGGUAAAUUGACCAGCAAAACAAACAACAGCAACUCAGCACGAAUGGAUUCUGGUACCCAAUCUGAUGCUGAGAUGGAAAUGUGCGAGCGCUUGAAGACGUCAUGCUCCAUCAGCAGUGGUCUGAGUACCAAGUCAACAUGUGGAACUCAAACCCUCAGUAACGGCACUGGAACCACCAUCAGUACUCAAACCUUAAACAGCAUUGGACUACAGUUUGCUUGUGAAUUCGACGAUAUGGAUGUGCAACUAUGA